UUUUCCAGCGAUGGAGUCUGUAGCAGAGUAUCUUAGUAUCAGCCUACAACAGAGUUUGGCUUGAACGGGCUGGUUCGAGUAACUGUCAUGCUGAAUUUCUUUCAUUUUAGCGUUUCAAUUAAAGUCGUAUUUUCUGUUGUUUUACCGUAAAACACCGUGGAGGAGCGGCAGUGGGCUGGUUAGCAACUGUAGCACGCGCAGUGUAACCACGGAAACACAACCCGCCGCCAUGGCUCCGGUAACGUUUAAAUCACAAACCUGCCACACUUUGUGAAAAUGGAUGAAGACCAAGCAAUGACUAAAACGCGACCUAAUUCAUCAGAGUCUCCGACCGAAUCCCCAGAAAGCCUGGGAAGCGCCCACAGAGCUGUGGACGCGUCUCCCGACUGUGGUUCAGACGUCCAGAGCCCUUCACGGACUCGGUGCGCUCGGAAGGAGUUUAUCAUGAUGCCUCCGGAAGAAAAGCUCAAACACUUUGACAGCCGGGCUCAGGCCAGUGAGAACAACCAGGAGUUUGAUGCUUGCAUCCAGGACCUGGUGCGUUGUGUGGCUCUGACAAGGCUAGUAUACGGGGAGGGACACCUGAAAGUAGCCCAGGCCCACGCCAGGCUGGCUAAAGCAUAUUUCCAUUUCAAAGGCUGGGCACUGCAGGCACAGGAACACUCAAGUCUGGCCAGAGAGCUGCUGCCUUUCUGCUCCUCCGUCACCUCCUGCAGACCUGAAAAGUCUGAGGUUCUCACAUGUCUCCUGAGCAUAAACCUCACACAAGGAGGUGCUUCACUACUUACAGACAACUUGGAGGAGGCAGAAUCCUCUUUCCUGGAGGCAGAACAUAUCCUUGAGCAGCUUCAUCAACACACCGUUAUCAGCCAGGAAGAGAAGAUAAAGACUCAGUUGGAAAUCUCCACUGGUCUAUGCAGGGUCUAUAAGAGACAGAGCAGACCAGAGGCGGCCUUGAGCCAGUGUGAGAAGUCUCUGCAAUUGCUAAAGGAUUGUUGUAAGCCAGAAGAGACUUGCUCUGUCUAUAAGGACAUGGCAGCCAUCGAACAGGACAGAGGUCAUUUGGACCGAGCCAUAGAGCUUCUUUCCAAGGCUCAUUCCAUUGCUAUGAGUCACAGCCCAGAGGAGCUCGAGGGGGCUCAGAUCUCCCACAGCCUGGCCCUCAUCCUUUCUGCUGCAGCAGAGCCCCAUCACAAUGACGCUGCAGGUCAUUACUUUGAGCAGAGUCUAAGCACAUACAAGAAUUGUGUCGGUCCACAGGAUCCAGCCUUUCUUGCUGUCCAGGACGACUUCUGUCGCUUUCUCCUAAUGAAUGGAGAGCAAGAGAAGUGUGUGGGGAUCCAGAGAGCCUCUCUUGAUUCUAAAAGAUCUGCAUUUGGUGAGUUGAGUGCUGAAGUAGCAGACACCCUUCAGCUCAUUGGAAGUGUGGAGAUGACUGAAGGCAAGAUGAACCAGGCUCACAGGACAAUGACAAAGUGCCUGAAGAUCCAGAGUUUGUUGUGUGGUCCUCAGCACAAGAAGACGAGAGCCAUGCAGAAAGCUGUGGACAUGCUUGCUCGGACACCAGAAGUGGCUGAGAGACUGCAGAGGCAAGAUGUGCCAAGAACUACUGAUAGACUGUUUUUUGUGAAACGUAUCCAUCAUGAUUAUGCAGAUAACUGCCACUGCCUAAAAUCAGUUUGAAUUGCUCAUUAUGUCAACUAUGCUGACUUUUUUUUUUGUCAUUUUGUACAUCAUGUAAAAUAAGAUAGCCUUAAAGAAAUACUCACACAAAACAUGCCCACAAUAUGUUUUAAUGAUGUUAAGAUAUUAAUUCAUUUUAGUAGGGGCUGGAACCAGUGUCAACCAAAGCAAACUGUCAUUUGUUCAAUACAAAUCAUAAUGUCAAUAAAAACAUUGAUGUUG